AGAACAGCUGGGCCUGUGUUCCUGCAAGAGCAACUUCACAAGGGGACCCCGGCAACGGAACAGGUGCAAAUGGACGACAACAUGAAUACAAAAUCCAUUCUAGAAGAACUUCUUUUGAAAAGGUCACAGCAAAAGAAGAAAAUGUCACCAAGUAAUUAUAAAGAGCGACUUUUUGUUUUGACCAAAACGAACCUCUCCUACUAUGAAUAUGACAAAAUGAAAAGAGGCAGCAGAAAAGGAAUGAUUGAGAUCAAGAAAAUCAGAUGUGUGGAGAAAGUAAAUCUUGAGGAGCAGACCCCUGUGGAGAGACAGUACCCAUUCCAGAUUGUCUACAAAGAUGGGCUUCUCUAUGUCUAUGCGUCAAAUGAAGAGAGCCGGAGUCAGUGGUUGAAAGCAUUGCAAAAAGAGAUCAGGGGCAACCCGCACCUGCUGAUCAAGUACCACAGUGGGUUCUUCGUGGACGGGAAGUUCCUGUGCUGCCAGCAGAGCUGCAAAGCGGCCCCGGGCUGUACCCUCUGGGAAGCAUACACUGAUUUGCACGUGGUGACCAGUGAUGGCACAACUCCCACCAUCCCAGAGCAGGUGCUGAAGAUUCCUCGAGCUGUUCCUCUUUUGAAAAUGGUUGAGCCAUCCUCCAGCUCCACUCUAACCCAUGACAGCGAUUCCAGGACAGCUGGCUCACAGCCGAAUGCCCACCUGCAGCACAUCCCGAAGGAGGGCUCCCCUGACUGGUGGCAGCUAAGAAAGCCGAAAAGGGGACCCCACGAGUCAAAUUCAUCUGAAGAAGAAGAAAACCUAGAAGACUACGACUGGUUUGCAGGCAACAUGUCCAGGUCACAAUCGGAGCAGUUACUGAGACAAAAGGGAAAAGAAGGAGCAUUUAUGGUUAGAAAUUCCAGCCAGGCGGGCAUGUACACAGUGUCCUUAUUCAGCAAGGCUGUGCACGACAAAAAAGGGACUGUCAAACAUUACCACGUGCAUACAAAUGCCGAGAACAAGCUGUACCUGGCAGAGAACUACUGUUUUGAUUCCAUCCCAAAACUUAUUCACUAUCAUCAACACAAUUCAGCAGGCAUGAUCACACGGCUGCGCCAUCCUGUGUCCACCAAGGCCAACAAAGUGCCCACCUCCGUGUCCUUGGGAAGCGGAAUCUGGGAACUGAAAAGGGAAGAGAUCACCCUGUUGAAGGAGCUGGGGAGUGGCCAGUUCGGGGUGGUCCACCUGGGCAAGUGGAAGGAGCAGUAUGACGUUGCUGUCAAGAUGAUCAAAGAGGGCUCCAUGUCUGAAGAUGAAUUCUUCCAGGAGGCUCAGACCAUGAUGAAACUCAGCCAUCCCAAGCUGGUGAAGUUCUAUGGAGUGUGCUCAAAGAAAUACCCCAUAUACAUUGUGACAGAAUAUAUAACCAAUGGCUGCUUGCUCAGUUACCUGAAGAGUCACGGAAAAGGCCUGGAGCCCUCCCAGCUCUUGGAAAUGUGCUACGAUGUUUGUGAAGGCAUGGCCUUCCUGGAGAGCCAGCAGUUCAUACACCGCGACCUGGCUGCUCGGAACUGCUUGGUAGACAGUGAUCUGUCUGUGAAAGUGUCUGACUUUGGCAUGACGAGGUAUGUCCUCGAUGACCAGUACGUCAGUUCAGUGGGAACAAAGUUUCCAGUCAAGUGGUCUGCCCCAGAGGUGUUUCACUACUUCAAGUACAGCAGCAAGUCUGACGUGUGGGCGUUUGGCAUCCUGAUGUGGGAAGUGUUCAGCCUGGGGAAGCAGCCCUACGACUUGUACGACAACUCCCAGGUGGUCGUGAAGGUCUCCCAGGGCCACAGACUCUACCGGCCCCAGCUGGCCUCGGACACCAUCUAUCAGAUCAUGUACAGCUGCUGGCAUGAGCUUCCAGAAAAGCGUCCCACAUUUCAGCAACUCCUAUCUUCCAUUGAACUUCUUCGGGAAAAAGAUAAGUCUUGAAGAAAUCAGGUGAUCUGAUAAGAGUGAAUCUAGACAUUGGCCUAGAUUCUCCUCUUUUUAAGGAAGGUAGGAAAGCACAGGCAAUGUUAUUUAGCUAGUUCUUACUGCCGCUCUGUGUGCUGUUUGUCCACUAUGCUAUCUAGAAAUGAGCAAGGUAGAGAACAAAAGAUUUCCCUGAAAUUUGGUCAAAUUAGUAAUCUUGUAUAUGUAGCUUCCCAGCUAAUAGAAGCACAUCUUCUGAUUGUAAUGUAGAGAGAGCAUGUGAAGAUCGGGCAAAAUUCAA